AUAUGAAGACCACAAUCAUAUUUUGACCCAAAUAUUUCUAUUUUUUACUCUACAAAUAUAUACGGUUUUAGAGCUGUACAAGUGAAGUGCAUAUCCUAGGCAUACCAGAUGAUUGUGUUCUCUUUGAAGUUAUUUAUCUUCUGUGAAACAGGUGGCCAUGUCUAGAGCUUUGAAUGGGAUUGGCCUUGCGCUAGUUUCACCUGCAAUUCAGUCCCUUGUAGCUGACUCAACUGAUGACAACAACCGUGGUACAGCUUUUGGGUGGCUUCAACUAACUGGUAACCUUGAUUCAAUUAUUGGUGGACUCCUCUCAGUAUUGAUAACUCCAAUAACAUUCAUGGGAAUUCCUGGUUGGAGAAUUUCCUUUCAUCUUGUUGCAAUCAUCAGUGUUAUGGUUGGUGUUUCGAUCAAACUUUUUGCCAAUGAUCCUCGCUUUUCAGUUUCUAAUGCAAAAGACAGAGAUACAGUUAAGAAUAAAACUUUCUGGUUAGAAGUGAAGGAUCUGGUUCAGGAAGCGAAGACAGUUAUUAAGAUUCCAUCUUUCCAGAUUAUUGUGGGCACAGGGUGUCACUCGUUCAUUCCCAUGAUCAGCUCUGUCAUUCUCAGCUAUGUGGUUAGAGCUUUCUGGCUUCUCCCAUGAGAAAACUGCACAUUCCUCAUAGCCCUGUUUUUGAUGGGUAGUUCCUUUGGGAACCUAUUUGGUGGUAAGAUGGGAGAUAUACUUUCUACUCGUCUCCCAAAUUUUUGAAUGAUAAUUCUUGCACAGACAAGCUCAGUAUCAGCUAUCCCUCUAGCAGCAAUACUUUUGCUGGCUUUACCCAAUGAUCCAUCUUCUGGAGUAGUACAUGGUUUGGUCUUGUUCAUUGUGGCCUUGUGGGCUUCUGCAUAUCCUGGAAUGCUCCAGCUACAAACAAAUAAAGUCUUUCACACUUAAAUCCUUUUUCAUUUCACCUGCUAAAAUCAUUUCACAAAUUUAAGAUUUAUAUACACAAAUAAUCUGAUAAUGUCACUCAGUAAUUGGAAGCCAUGAUCAAUAUGACCAGAAUAAUUGUUGAAGUUGCGACAAUUAGGUUAUUUAUUUAAUUAAAUAAUAGUAAAGAAGAACAAUAAAGACUUGUUUCAGAUGAAAUUAUUUCAUUAUUGUGCGAUCUCAAAGUCCGAAUCAAUCAUUUAUUACAGAAUGCAAAAACUAACAAGAAAAAUAAAUAUUUGGAGAGAGAGAGAGUGACAGAGAGAUAAAUGCUGGCACAAAGAAGCCAAAAUUCAAGCUUUUGGCAAAGGAGCAAGACAUAAAAGAUUAUUCACUACUAGUAAGCUGACACUUUUUUUCAUGAGCUAUAGCUCAAUUUUUGACCUUUUUCCAGCCUUAUGGGAUUUUCAGAGAUAGCCUGUCUCCCAGCUAUGGUUUUACUAGAUGAUCUUAAUUUGUGGAAUUUAAUGAAAUAUUUCCACAUCAUAGUCAUAAAAUGGAUUGAAAUGUAUACGUGUAUCAGUGUACUUUCUUCAAAGAUGGAUUGAUUAGCAGAGUCAUAAGUUCUGCUAGAAAUUAUUCUAAUUUCUUCAUCCAUUCUCAUGAAGCUUGCCUCCACCACAGUAUUAAAUAACUUGAUAGUUUGAACUUUGAACCCUCCACCAAUUGUGUGUGUAUGAGGGAGAGAGAGAGAGAGAGAGACGUUGCCAGAAGAAUUGAAGUGGGGUUUUAGCUAUGAUAAUAAGAGAAUUAGAUUGCGCAUCAACUUGAAGUCGAUCAUAACAUUAGAUGAUGAAUUUUUACACUGCAAGUUGCAACAUACAUGUCAUUAUAUUUCUUAACAGCUAACAAAAGGUCAAAAAUGACCCCAAGAUAGUCCAAUAACU